AUGAACAACCCCACAUCAGCUUUAAACAUGACAAAAAAACAAGAUAAAAAUGGCUCAAAACAAUCAAAUAAACUUGAAACUUUGGGGAAUGAGGUUACUAUGAAUUUGAAUAACAUUCUUUAUCAGAAUAUUCAAGCUUCUCCUUAUUUCAAGCAACUUUACGAAUUAAAAACCUAUCAUGAAGUUAUUGAUGAAAUUUAUAAUCAUGAACCAUUCCUAAAGGGAACAACAGCUUCGACAGCAUUUUGUUUAUUAUAUAAACUUUGGACCCUUCGAUUAACCGUUAAACAAGUAUCAGGAUUAAUUGAACAUCCUGAUUCACCAUAUAUUCGUGCUUUAGGAUUUUUAUAUCUUCGAUACGUUUGUAAACCAGAAAAUUUAUGGGAAUGGUUUGAAGCAUAUUUAGAUGAUGAAGAAGAGCUUCAAGUUCAAGGUGGCGCUCGUCCAAUAAUAAUGACAAUUGGUAAAAUUUGCAGUCAACUAUUAACUGAGCAAAAAUGGCUUGGUACCAUACUACCACGUAUUCCUGUUCCAAUAGCACGUGAUAUUGAUCAAAGAUUAAAAGAAUAUUCAUCACAAGAUCUUCCACCAACACCACUACCACCUUCAUCAUUAUCAAGGUAG